AUGAAAAAGAUUCAGUUCAUUCAAAUGGCAAACAUAAACUGCACCAUGGUGUAUGAAUUCAUCCUUUUGGGAUUCGCUGGCUCUCCAGAGCUGCAGUUCCCGCUCUUCAUAUUCUUCCUCAUGGUCUACCUCAUCACCCUUGUGGGAAAUCUCGGGAUGAUCCUAUUAAUCAGGAUCGAUGCCCGACUCCGCACCCCCAUGUACUUCUUUCUCAGCAACUUGUCCUUCGUUGACCUUUGCUAUACUUCAGUUGUCACCCCUAAGAUGCUGAUGGAUUUUGUGAGAGACAACAAAACCAUCUCCUUGGCUGGAUGUGCAGCACAGAUGUGGUUUUUUGGUCUUUUUUUGGGUGUCGAAAGUUUCCUCUUGGCUUCCAUGGCUUACGAUCGGUAUGUGGCCAUUUCUAACCCACUGCUGUAUACAAUCAUUAUGUCCAGAAAGCUUUGUGCCCAGCUCUUGGCUGGACCUUAUUUUGUAGGACUGGUCAAUGCCAUUACACAUACAGGGUUGACUUUCCAGUUAACCUUCUGCAAGUCCAAGAUCAAUCACUUCUUCUGUGAUAUCCCUGCUGUGAUAUCGCUCUCCUGCUUGGACACACGGAUCAACAAGACAGUGCUUUUUGUCAUGUCCUGCGCAUUUGGAAUCUUCACCACCUCUUUUGUUAUUGUUUCCUACCUCUACAUCCUCAGUGCGAUCCUAAAGAUCCACUCUACUGAGGGGCGGCGUAAGACUUUCUCCACCUGCUCCUCCCAUCUCACAGCGGUUUCCAUCUUCUAUGGGACCCUUUUCUUUAUAUAUGUGCGGCCCAGCAAUAGAUUCUCAGCAGAUCAGGAUAAAUUCAUCUCCAUGUUCUACACUGUGGUGAUCCCUAUGUUGAACCCCUUGAUCUACAGCGUAAGGAACAAAGAGGUGAAAGAUGCUGUGAGAAGAGUGAUCAGGGCAAAGGGGUUUCCUCUCAAACAAUAA